AUGGCAGAGGACAUUGGAAUGGAGCCAUGUUUCGAGAUGGAAGAUCCGAAACCACGUAAAGAGGCGUUGAAAAAGAUGAAAAAGCCGGAAAGAUCGGCGCCGGUGAAGGAAAUCGAGGAAAAAAUGGAAAAAUCGAUGGAAAUCGUGGGGGAAGGAGAGGAAAAACCAAUGUCAAAGACACAAAAACGCAAAUUGAAAAUUGCGGCGGCGAUUGAGAGGAAGGAGAAGGCUGAAAAAGGCGAAAAAGACGAAAAAGAUGAUAACGAGGCUCCAGAAGCGAAAAAAGCGAAAUUCGAGCCAAAACAUAAGGACAAGAAGCACAGUUUCGAGGCGAUCGAGAAGAAAUUCAGUGCUUUAUUGGGAAAAUUGUCGGAAACAACGACGAAUUUUAAGGAAGGCGAAGUUAUCAUCAAAAAAGACGUUGAGGAUGGGAAAAUCACCGCUGAAGAGGCCAACACACUCUAUCGAGUGUAUAACAGGAAUUUGCGGCUUAAGCGUCUCCGCAACAAAUUAAACGCGACACUCGGCGAAAGCGCCCCGCUGGAAGCCGUAAAACAGAAAAUCAACGAUUGGAGAGCCGCCGGAAAAGUGACGGAGGCGGAUGCGUGUCUUCUGGUGAAACGAUGGAAAACGAGAGAGACGAGACGUGUUGGAAGACAGGAACAGAAGAUUACAGGCGCCGCGUGUUUCCACUGUCGUGAACCUGGCCACCGACUGGCUGAUUGUCCGAAACGAAACAGUUCCCAAUCGGACGGUGUCUGUUUUAAGUGUGGAUCAAUGGAACACUCAAUUCAUGAGUGUAAGAAGAAGGGUGUUAAAGGAUUCCCCUACGCGACAUGUUUUGUCUGUAAACAAGUUGGUCACAUCUCUCGUGACUGUCAUCAGAAUGCAAACGGCGUCUAUCCGGACGGUGGAGCGUGUAAUGUAUGUGGAGCUGUCGGUCAUUUGAAACGAGAUUGUCCCGAGUUGGCGGCACAGAAAGCGGGUGGAGCGUUCAAUCAAAAGAAACACUUCACCGCCCGUGCCACAUCCGACUGGAAGACACAAUCCGCCGACGCCGACUACGAUCCAACGGAGACUUCUGGAGACAUCAAAUCAGAUGACGUCGCAUCGAAAAAGAAGUUUAUGCCUAAAAAAGUGGCGAAACAUAUCAAGUUUUGA